UGGAGGGGUGCAAGAAUGCAGAGCAAUAAAACCUUCAACUUGGAGAAGCAAAACCAUGCUCCAAGGAAGCAUCAUCAGCACCAUCACCAACAGCACCACCAGCAGCAGUAGCAACAGCCGCCUCCAAUACCUGCAACAUGGCAACAAGCCAGCAGCCAAAAUGAAGGCUUGACUAUUGACCUUAAGAAUUUUAGAAAACCAGGAGAGAAGACCUUUACCCAGCGUAGCCGGCUCUUUGUGGGCAAUCUUCCUCCUGAUAUCACCAAGGAGGAAAUGAGGACUGAGAAAUAUGGGAAAGCUGGUGAAGUCUUCAUUCAUAAGGAUAAGGGCUUUGGCUUUAUUCGCUUGGAAACACGAACUCUAGCCGAGAUUGCCAAAGUGGAGCUGGACAACAUGCCACUCCGUGGCAAGCAGCUUCGUGUGCGCUUUGCUUGCCAUAGUGCAUCUCUCACAGUUCGAAACCUUCCUCAAUAUGUGUCCAAUGAACUGCUGGAGGAGGCCUUUUCUGUGUCUGGCCAGGUAGAGAGGGCUGUGGUCAUUGUGGAUGAUCGAGGAAGGCCCUCUGGAAAAGGCAUUGUUGAAUUCUCAGGGAAACCAGCUGCUCGGAAAGCUCUGGACAGAUGUAGUGAAGGCUCUUUCCUGCUAACCACAUUUCCGAGGCCUGUGACUGUGGAGCCCAUGGACCAGUUAGAUGAUGAAGAGGGGUUACCAGAAAAACUGGUUAUGAGGAACCAGCAAUUUCACAAGGAAAGAGAACAACCACCCAGAUUUGCCCAGCCUGGCUCAUUUGAGUAUGAGUAUGCCAUGCGCUGGAAGGCACUCAUUGAGAUGGAGAAACAGCAGCAAGACCAAGUGGACCGUAAUAUCAAGGAGGCUCGUGAGAAGCUGGAAAUGGAGAUGGAGGCUGCUCGUCAUGAGCACCAGGUCGUGCUCAUGAGGCAGGAUUUGAUGAGGCGCCAAAAAGAACUUCGAAGAAUGGAAUCGCUCCAUAAUCAAGAAGUGCAAAAACGAAAGCAACUGGAGCUCAGGCAGGAGGAGGAGCGUAGGCGCUGCAAGGAAGAGAUGUGGAGACAACAGGAAGAAAUGAUGCGGCCACAGCAGGAAGGAUUCAAGGGAACCUUCCCUGAUGCGGUAUAUCUCCCAUGUGCCUAUAAUAGAGAACAGGAGCUGCGGAUGGGUCAGAUGGCUAUGGGAGGUGCUGUGGGCAUAAACAACAGAGGUGCCAUGCCUCCUGCUCCUGUACCGGCUGGUACCCCAGCUCCUCCAGGGCCUGCCACUAUGAUGCCAGAUGGAACCUUGGGAUUGACCCCACCAACGACUGAGCGCUUUGACCAGGCUGCUACAAUGGAAGGAAUUGGGGCAAUUGGUGGAACCUCUUCUGCUUUCAACCGUGCGGCUCCUGGAGCUGAAUUUGCUCCAAACAAACGUCGCCGAUACUAAUAAAAUUGCACUGUCUAGUUUCCUAAAACCCUUAAAGAAAAGGACCCUUUUUGGACUAGCCAGAAUUCUACCCUGGAAAAGUGUUAGGGAUUCCUCCCAAUAGUUAGGUCUUCCCUGCCUAUAGUAUUCUAUCUAGGGAGUAUGCUGGAGGCAGAGGGCAAGGGAGGGGAGAUCAUUACAAAUCAAUGCUGUGUGGUAUAUUGUUUCUGUGUGGUGCAUUCCUGAAGUCUCAUGUGAUUGUUGAGCCUAAGGGAACCAUGACAAAAUGGAUCCAGUUAGAGCCCCAUUACUCAUGAUCAUUCCAUUUGUCCAUCUUGUUCUAUUUGCUUAUUCAUAACCUGCAACCCCAAAGACACUGCCAUGUAUACCACUAAAACCAAACAUCCCCCAUGACCUUAGCCCCAUUGCUUCAUUCACUCCCAGGUCGGAAUUCCAGCAAAUGUCCAUAGAGGUCACAGACAACAUAUGUACUGGUUCUGUUAUAUCCCAUAUAUUACCCUUUCAUGUCUUAAGGAAGACAUUUUCUCUUAGAGAUUUUCAUUUAAGUAUAUCUUUAAAAAAUCUUGUGUUAACUUGCCUUCAUUAUUUUCUUGGGUAAGGAAAAUCCCAUGGAUCACCAAUUUUGUCUAUGAUGUUGCUCGUCACAGCUUUUCUUGAUAGGCCCAGUACAAUCUUGGAAAUAGGGUUGCUUUAGGCUAAAGGUCAGACAGUAGCUCUUCAGCUUGCCUGUCUUAGGUAGUUAUGCUGUUCAUUUUUUAUUAGUGUGCCAUGUUUGAUUUGUCCCUGAUAAUCUUUGGGGUUUUUCUGAGAUAUGGAGCAGUAAAGCAGCAUCACCUUAUUAAAAUACAUUUUAAGCCUU